UUUAUCAUGAUCAUCAUAUUAAAUACAUAUAGAGAUUUAUAUAUUCGUGCUACGACUACAUAAAUCAUGGUGAUUGCUAAGAACCGCACAGAGCACUACGUAGCAUUGGUCCUUGUUCUGAUAAAUAUGGUGGGAUCAGUGUUACUAGCCACUGAAGGACGACCGGUCAAGUAUGGUUCGACAGCUUUGACCCAGUUAAGAGUUUCACCUGUGUACAAUGGAAGCGUAAUGUCUAAGCUUAAACCAGUUGAGUCAUCUGUACAAGAUGUUUCUUGGCUAGCCACGGUGAAGCAGUCCGGACCAAGCCCAGGGGUUGGUCAUCAUCGAGCCAAAGGAUACAAGACCUUUGGACGAGUCAGAGACGACUCUGGUCCUAGUCCUGGUGUUGGACACUAAAGAACAAGACCUACGAAUUUAAAUUAUAAGAAUAUAUAUGCAGAUGUAAUAACUUUACCAUGUUUUAGUAGCCUUUAAGAUGUAACCUUCUUCCAAUAUUUAUGUUUUUCUCCUUUUACUC